GCUUCUUGGCUUUCUAAACCAGACGGUUUGUAAGAGCAGAUUAUGAUUGCUAUUUGUAUAAAUUUCGCCAAUGCAUGCGUUUUCAUUCAGAGAUUAGAUUUAUAGGAUCUACAUGCAUGAACAUGGAAUGAUGACGAUCUGUUUUAUAGUCAUUGCCGUUGAUUUUUCACAUGAAUAUGAGAACCUGGCGUUUGAAAAAUCUACUUGGCAGAGUACAAUCUAUGACCCAACUGUUGGAUCUGAAAAAGCUGUAGACGGUUUUAAAUCAGAUUUCUCGUAUUCUGGAAAACAAUGUAGUAUUUCAAAAGAUAACAAAAAGACUGCUACUUGGUGGGUUGACCUAGGCAGAAUUUUAAGCAUCAAUAAUAUUGUUAUCUACUACAGGACCGACGGAAAUACGUGGAAUGCUAGUAAUUACUAUACUGGUAGAUUUCUUGGAUUUUUUAUUUAUGUGUCCAAUACAACAGACAGACAUGUGGGGCAUAUCUGUUUCCACGAUACAUACUACACGAGAAGCACGAUACCACCAAUUGUCAAUAUAAGCUGCCCUAUCCACGGACGAUAUGUCAUUUACUACAAUGAGAGACUUCCAGACAUUCAUUAUCCUAGUGAAUAUUCUGCAGAUGCAUACAUUGAACUUUGUGAGGUUGAAGUUUAUGGUUGUUCAAUGCCUAGACGUUAUGGACCAGAUUGUUCGUUGCCGUGUCCUCUAAAUUGCAAAGAAUACUGCCAUAUGCAAACAGGGAUAUGUUUUGAAUGUAAGCCUGGUAAAAAGGGUGCUUUCUGUGAGCAAGAUUGUGAUGGAAGAACAUACGGUUUAGGAUGUCGUUUACUUUGUGGAAACUGUUUUAAUUCAAAACAAUGCCAUCAUGUAAACGGCAGCUGCUUUGACGGCUGUGACGCGGGAUACAAAGGACCGCUUUGUAAAACAGAAAAGUUGUUUUUAGCCCACUAUAACUAUUAG